AAAAUGUGUGCCGAAAAAUGGGAAAACAAUGAGGAAAUUAAUAUAUUCCGGGAAUACUUGCGUAUUCCAUCCGUACACCCUGAUAUUGAUUAUACUGCUUGCGUGGAGUUCCUCAAGCGGCAGGCUAACUCCCUCAAUCUUCCCGUGGAAGUGGUUUAUCCAGCGGUUGAAUCCAAGCCCGUGGUGAUCAUCAAGUGGCUGGGAAAACAACCGGAGCUCCCCUCAAUCAUUCUGAACUCGCACAUGGAUGUGGUUCCCGUGUAUCCGGAUAAGUGGACCCACGAUCCCUUCGCUGCCGAUAUCGAUGAGGAGGGAAGGAUCUUUGCGCGGGGCACUCAGGACAUGAAAUCUGUGGGCACUCAGUAUCUGGGAGCCAUUCGCCUUCUGAAGGCUAGUGGCUUCCAGCCCAAACGGACUGUUUACGUGACCUUUGUGCCUGACGAGGAGAUCGGGGGAAUCCUUGGAAUGGCAGUGUUCGUUAAAGCGGAUUACUUCAAGCAAAUGAACGUGGGAUUUAGUUUGGACGAGGGAGGCACUAGUGCCAGUGAUGUCCAUCAUUUGUUCUACGCCGAGCGUAUCCGAUGGGUUCUCAAACUGAAAGUUGAUGGAACUGCUGGCCAUGGUUCUCUAUUGUUGCCCGAUACUGCCGGCGUAAAGCUGAACUAUGUGUUGAACAAGCUGACGGAGUUCAGGGAUUCGCAGAUUCAGCGACUGAAAAACGACCAGAGUCUUAGCAUCGGUGACGUGACCACUGUGAAUCUCACCCAGUUGAGUGGUGGAGUGCAAAGCAAUGUGGUUCCGCCGCUUCUUGAGGCCAUCUUCGACAUGCGUCUGUCCAUCACCCUGGAUUUGGUGGCCUUCGAGCAGCAAAUCCGCGACUGGUGCAAGGAGGCAGGUGGUGGCAUCGAGAUUGAGUUUCCCCUGAAAGAGGCCUUUGUGGCAGCCACCAAACUGGAUGAUUCGAAUCCCUAUUGGAUGGGUUUGAAAGCCACUCUAAAUGAACUUAAGCUGAAAGUAAAACCGAUUGUCUGUUUCGCAGUCACCGAUUCUCGGUUUAUUCGUCAGCAGGGAAUCCCAGCUAUUGGAUUCUCACCCAUCAUAAAUACUCCGGUACUGAUCCAUGAUCAUGAUGAAUUCUUAAAGGCUGAAUAUUACUUAAAUGGCAUUGAAGUGUACAAGAAGAUUAUUCCAAAUAUUACCGAGGUCUAGCCAAUGUCUUCUUUGUGGCAAUCAUUAAAAUAAAAUUGUUUAUGUUUGUAAUUAGGUGAUUUACCUAUCUUAUCUUAAGUGGGCAAAAUUGGAGCGUAAAUCAUAUUAAUGGCAUGCACAUAAAGA